GACAAAGACUCCUUGGACCUUAAAAUGUGCCUCGGCGGGGCCGGGAGCCGGGCCUGCGCUGUCCUCCUGGUCUGUUUCCUGACCCUGAGGCCGGCCGGCGGCCGGCAGUGCCUCAGCCAGAGCCUGGAGGACGUGGUCAUCGACAUCCAGUCCUCGCUGGCCAGGGGCGUCAGGGGCAGCGAGCCCACGCACACCCCAGGCCCCCAGGAGUGCAUCGCCUCCUGCUGUUCCACCAGAAACAUCUCGGGGGACAAAGCCUGUAACUUGAUGAUCUUCGACACUCGGAAAACCAUCAACCAGCCCAACUGCUACCUGUUUUUCUGUCCCAGUGCGGACGCCUGUCCACUGAAACCGGCGAAGGGACUUCGGAGUUACAGGGUAAUCGAAGAGCCUCUGUCUUCUCCGACCAGACCCGAGUUGUCCAGCCCCGGCCGGUGGGACCAGGCAGCCCCCUCCUCCUCGCCCCCGACCGCCAGGGGCUCCUCGAAGCCUGCCGAUGUCCUCAGGGAAGAUGUGUCAUCUCAGACAUCGGGGACGUCCGGUCACUUGGAGAAGCUGCUCCCUGGAGGCUCGGCCAGCCCGGGGGUCCUGGGAUCGGAGGGGGAAGCCCAUCCCCCAAGUUCACACUUUUCCCCAGAGCCAACAAAGGCGCUGCUGGAGCCUGAAAAUGGAGCCGCGCUCUCCACGCCAGCGGCCACGGCCACCCGGAGGCCCCCCACCUCUGCCUCUCGGCCGCCGGCAGCUCCCGGGAUACCUUCUGUGGCUCGGCCACAGGCGGCCACCGCAGCUGGACCCGUGACCACAGUCCCCACUCAGCCCCCGACAGGCCUCCCGGCCACCGUCUGGACAGGAGCUGUGACAUCGGCCCCAGCACGCCCGACAAUGACAGCAAUGACGAGGGGGACAGGGACGAGGGGGACAGGGGCGACAGCCACCUCUCAGGCAACAACAGGCCUGCAGGGCGCCCCCCACGUGGUGCCCUUCCCGGAAACCUCCAGCCUGCCUUGGAACUCGGGUGCCACCCACGAGGCCGUGACACUCCCUCCGUCCCGUGUGGACUCUGCCCCUGCGAGCGAAACCUCCUCCGGGAAAGCCGGGCAGCGUCUGGGCGCUGCCUCCCUGGACCGUGGCCCCGGAGGGCGCUACAGCCUCCCGUUUGAUAAGUGGCUUCUGGUGGGCAGCCUGGUUUUGGGGGUCCUCUUCCUGGCCAUCGGCCUCGUGCUCAUGGGGAGAAAGUUCGUAGAGUCCCUCCAUAGGAAGCGCUACUCGAGACUGGACUAUUUGAUCAACGGGAUCUACGUGGACAUCUAGGCGGGUCCGGAUGGCUCCGGCCUCGCUGAGCCCCUGGCACCCCGGCUAGGGUGCUAGAGCUGCCAAUGGGCGCAGGAGCAGCCUUGGAAGCGUUUGGACGUCAGGCAAGGGUGUCCCGCCUGUGAUGGUUUGCCACUUUCUUAUUGUUCGGUUCCUGAGGAGGGGGGAGCAAGUGGGGAAUUUGAAUGAUUCAUCUCCAAAUCUCUGCUGAGAGCAAAGCUCUCCCUGGACCAGUCAAGUAGAAUUGCUGCUAUGAACGGGAAACCUGCGACCCCGAAAGACGGUGCGCGCUUUCAGGCUCAGCCCGUUAACAUUUCUGGUUCCAGAGAAAGUCCACUGUUUCCGACAUGAGAUUCCAAUAGAUCCACUUUCCCUUUUGUAUGAAUUCUGAUCAAACCUAUUCCAGAUGUGUUUCCUUCCAAUUAAAUAUUUGAAUAAAUCUUUUUUUUUUGUUAAUAUAAUGUGCUUGUAAACGACAUGUCGGGCUAGAUAACUUCCCAUUUUUCCUCACCAGCACAAUGAUGAAAUGAUGAAAAUAUGUAUUCUCAGAUAAAUGACCCCCCACCCCGCACAUUUCCUGUCCAUGAGCAAAGAACUUCCUUGGGGGAGAAUUCUAGAGAAUAGUAAGCGUACGUGAAUCAGUGAUAAGCCCGUUCUGAAAAAGGGCCAAGUCUGCUUGGGGUCUUUUCUCAUUAGCUCUUUAGAAGGGCGGAGAGGGGAAGUCAUGUAGAUAUUUCCUAAACUUUAAGUUAAAAAAUGCAACAGUGUUAUUUUAAAAUCCUCGUGUACACUUGCCCAAUGGUCAAUGUUAACUUUAUUUUGGAUACUAUUACCAAUAGUAUAUGGCACUUCAAUAUUUUAUUAAACCAAUAAGUUGCAGGGGCCUGAGAUGCUAUAGGAGGUGAGGUACUUGCCUUGCAUGCGUUCAACUCCAGUUCAAUCCCCGCACCAUAUAUGGUGCCCGGAGCACAGCCAGGGGUCACUCUCGAGCAUGGCUCCCUAAAGAACAAUGACCAAACAUGAGUGUGCUCUAACUUUUAUGAUUUAGAUUUCCUGAGAAAUUCUCUAAAUGAGUUGCAGAGGGAUGAGGAGGAACCCAGAGUGCUACUUGGAUCUCCUCGGCACCAGCCUGCCCUAGACUUAAAGUUGAAGUCUGGGACUUUGUUUCCAGGACUUAAAAGGGAAUUGGGGCACGCACUUGCAGACUACGAACACUGGAGGGCAGUAGCGGGCU